AUGGAGAAGUUUCUUGUGAAAUUUAACCAUUCUCAAGCAAGUUCUAGUACGAAUGUCAAUCCUUCUAGUCUUAUAGAUGACCUUAAUUUAGAUUCACUUGAAGCCGAUCCAGGAAAAAGAGUACCAAUUGCUCACUAUAACCCUCAAAUAAAGGAUGAAGUGAGGAAACAUUAUAUUCAAAAAGGGCCUUGUCAACCAAAAAUGGAUUCAUAUCCUCCAACUGAAAUUGGAAAAAGAAUGCGUCAAUUUUGUAAAAUUUGGUUUGAAGGUCCAUAUUCUAAAUGGUUGGAGUAUAGCGUGGAGAAAGAUUCUGUCUAUUGUCUAUGUUGUUAUUUAUUCAAAGAUGAUUUUUUCCAUGGAAGCGCAAGUGAGUUUUACACAAAAACGGGUUUUAGGAGUUGGAAUAGGGCACUUGAAAGAUUCCGUAAACAUGUUGGUGAUGUUAAUAGUAUUCAUGACAAAUGUUUCAACAAGAUGCUAGAUUUGUCAAAUCAUCAUCAAUCAAUUCAAGUUGUUAUUGAUAAGCAUUCUCAAAAGUUAAAAAAUGAGUAUCGAAUGCGAUUUUUGCGAUGGCACGGGGACAAACAUCCGAAUGUUGGAAAAGUGAUAUUGGAAAAUGCCCCACAAAAUGAUACGUUGACUUGUCCUAUGAUUCAAAAAGAUAUUGCCAAUGCUUGUGCAAAAGAAACAUUGAAAGCAAUAAUUGGGGACUUGAAUGGAGAUUACUUUGGUAUAUUAGUUGAUGAGUCAAAAGACAUCUCUCACAAAGAACAAAUGGCUCUUGUUUUGCGUUUUGUUAAUAAGAAUGGUGAAGUAGUUGAACGAUUUAUCGGUCUUGUCCAUGUUAGUGAUACAUCGGCAUGUUCAUUGAAGAAAGCGAUUUAUUCUUUGCUUUCCGUUCACUCACUAAGUCCAUCCAAAAUACGUGGACAAGGUUAUGAUGGGGCUAGUAAUAUGAAAGGAGAGAUAAAUGGGCUCAAAACUUUGAUUAUGAAAGAUAGUCCAUCGGCAUAUUACAUUCAUUGUUUUGCUCAUCAAUUGCAACUAACACUAGUGGCUAUUGCUAAAAAACAUUUGGAUGUUGAAGACUUUUUUGAUCAUGUUAGUAAUGUGUUGAAUGUUGUUGGAGGAUCUUUCAAGCGUAGAGACUUACUUCGUGAUCACCAAGCCAAAAAGUUAGAGCAAUUAUUUGAAUCCGUGUUGGCAAUGUCAAAUGAGUUGAGUAAGAUUUUACAAAAAAAAGAUCAAGAUAUUGUUAAUGCCGUGGAGUUUCUUAAUAUUACAAAGAAAAGAUUGCAAGAUAUGAGGGAAAAUGGAUGGGAAUCUUUGUUGGAUGAUGUUUCCUCAUUUUGUGAUGUGCAUGAUAUCUUGAUUCCCAAGUUGGAUGAGUCUUAUUUUCCCGGAAAGUCAAAACGUAAGUCUUCGGGUGUUAGUUAUGCGCACCACUUGCGUGUUGAAGUCUUUUUUGCUGUCAUUGAUGUGCAACUUCAAGAACUUAAUGACCGUUUUGAUGUAGUGAGUAGUGAUUUGCUUCUUGGGAUGGGUAGCUUGAAUCCGGUCAAUUCUUUCUCUAAUUUUGACAAAGGUAAAAUCAUGACUUUAGCAAAGUGUUAUCCAAGUGAGUUUGAUGAUGGAAAAAUUAGAGAUUUGAGCUAUCAACUCGAUACUUUCAUUAGUCAUAUGCGAAGUGGUAAUCCAAGUUCUCCAACUUGCAAGGAAUUCAUGAUUUGGCGAAGGCAUUGGUUGAAGCAAAUCUCGCGGAGACUUAUUCACUUGUUUAUUUACUUGUAA